CAAAAUCGCCCUAAAUUGCCCAAAAAUGCCGAACCCAAAAUUGCCCAAAGUUGCCAAAAAUCAUCUUGCUUUUUCUUCCCCCAAUCAUGGAAUCACCCAAACCCAAAAUGUGUUUGAGCAACUGCUAUUAACCGUGGAAUUUCUCAUUUAUUUUGUGUUGAUUUUGGGUUGUGAUAGCUACUGUUAAUCAUGAAUUUUCUUGUUGAUUUUGUGUUGAAUUUGGUUUGAAGGAUGAUGAGGCUUGAGCUGAAUUCUGGAUAACAUGUUGCUGGAUAAGGAGCAAACACUGAUGAAUGAGCUCCUGUUAUUGAAAAGAAAGAAUUUGGAUGAGCUCCUGUAAUUGAAAAGAGAGAAUUUGGACUUGCUCCUAUAAUUGAAAAGAGAGAAUUUAGACAUGCAUGGAGAGAUUAACUAUUUGAAGAAUUUGAACUCUGAAAUGGGAAAAAAGCUUAGAGAUCAUGAGAUGGUUGCUUCAAUUUGGUUGAAUUUGAAAAUGUGUUUUCUACAGUAUUGCUUAUUUGGCAAUUAAGUUGUGUUAGAUAGUUGUCUGCAUUUGUAGAGGGUCUUUUUGUCUACUUUUGUAAUGGACCACUUAUGCCAAGCCAGGGCAAUCUCCUAUGUACUGCAAAUGUGAAAUGGAAUAUAUGACUCUUUUUUGGUCAUGUUAAUUGCCAAAUUAUGUCUAUCUUUUGAGCAUUUUCAGCUAUAUAAAUGCAAGAUUUGCUA